UGUUUCAUUUUAGAAAAAAUUUCUCUUGAUAACAGUAUUGCUAUUAAUAUCAGUGAAAACAGCAUUUCCUUGUGCACUAUCGAAGAAAAGUACUGAUGCUAUAUUCUACAUGGAGUUGGAUAGAAAAUUGGAUUCAUCAUUUAUUCAAGGAAUUCUCGAACAAAGAGAGUCUCAACCAUCAUCACGGCACUUCAAUCCAUUGGGAUUUUAUUUAUUACUAACAACUAAAAUGGAUGUUGUUCAUACUGAGAUAGUCCAUCCACCAGCGUCGUCGUCAUCCAGUUCUCAAAAACGUCUUCGAGUAGAUGUUCAACAAUCAGCAGCUGCCUCAAAUAAUCCGUCGUUAAAUUAUCGAUCAACAGAAAAUGCUAAUCAGGAUCGUAGUCAACAAGUCAUAUCAAUGAAAACAGCCAUAUCUACUAUUGAUAACCCAAAACAUUCGCAAUCAAAGCCGAAAGAACAGUUCCGUUAUUACAUUGUACAUUCUUCACUGUCAAUCAAACGCACACGUAAUCCUAGUCUAGAUGGACGAGGUAUUAGUCCUAUUGGUGGUGAUGAAAAAGCGACAUGUAUUGUUGAAGUAGAAAAAUGUUUAAUUGGAUUAGCUAGUAGAGAAUUUUUUGUAGUAGUUACAUCACAUCCCAGUGCUGCACUAUAUGAGCAGGCACCGCACAAAAAACAUGAGGUACUAGAACAAAUUUAUUUGACAAUCAUCAACUAUUGGUCUCUAAUAGUGAACAAAAAACGAUAUGAUGCUAAACUACCAGAGUUGAAAAUAAAAAACCAGUAA